AUGGAAGAGCCAACCUAUGAUCCAAGUCGUCCCAUGCCAGCCCUGGAAGUUGUCUACGCACACAGGCUCAUCAACUGCCCGGGCAAAACCAUCGUUGGCCUGCGUGUGGAAUUUCCCCCAAACGGAUCGACUCCGCCCCAUCGGCACGGCGGCGCAUCGGUUUCGGCCUAUGUCGUGAGCGGCACUCUCCUGAACAAGAUGAAUGAGGACCCGAUGAAGGUGGUCUCUGCUGGAGGCUCAUGGUAUGAAGCCCCGGGUUGCCAUCACCGCAUCAGUGACAAUGCCAGUUCGACGGAACCGGCAACCCUGAUGGCUGUUAUGGUCUUGGACUCGGAGGUAUACGAACGUGAUGGGAUGGCUGCAUUGAUUCAGAUCGACGAGGAGUACAGGCACACUUAG